AUGAGGAUGAUGGGUAAUUUUGGUGGGUCUUUUUGGGCCACUUUUAGAGGUUUCCAGAGCCCUUCACGCAUAGACGAAAUCUUAGAAAGUGAAGAGACUACACUCACUCAAGUCCUUGAUGAAGAAGAAGUGCUGCAAGAGAUGAGAAACCAAAACCAGAAAUUAAUUGACUUGUAAUCAUAAUUUAGCUUGAACCGAGACAGGAUUUUAGAGUUAAUUGAAUAUAUUACGAUUUUCCCACCAGAAGGCUGUGACAACAGACGAGGACAUAAAUUCCCAUUUCUUGCCUCAGAACUUUUUGCAUGUGAGACCGCAAGUUUAUUGGAUAAAUUCUUUGCUGACCAAGAAUUACUGGAAAAAUUAUUUAAUUUCUUUACUACAGAAAGCUUAAACCUCACAUUAGCUGGAUAUGCAAGCAAGCUUAUAAUCAGUCUUUUUAUUAGAAAUCCUUCAGAAAUGCUUAAAUUUAUUAUAGAAAACUCCUGAAACACCUGACUUUUAGACCAUUCAGAAUACAAAGCUAUAGCAGACAUCAUAAACAGAAUAGUUUUAGUAGAAAAUUUAGGUGACCCUUUUUAUAUCCCACAAAGGAAAGAAAUAAUUCAAAAAUUAAUCAAUAAUUUAGCCUCAGAAAACCCAAAUGCAGCUUUUCAUUCCAGCCAGAUUUUAUGUGACUUAACCAAUAAACCUACUGAAGUGAAUUCCUGGGCUGAGCUAGCUGGGGUUAUCAUGCAGAAAGAGUCAUUAAAUAAGCUUAUAGAAGGGCUGACAGCUGAUAGCACUCAUAAUAUAAACGCUGUAGUAACUGUUCUUAGAAGCAUUAUGACGAGCAGCUCUAGAAGCGAUUUAUUGACUUUGAAUAAAAAGCCAGACGAAGAUUCAGCCACGAUACUUGAAGACGAGGAAUCUCCUGAAUUUAUGCUAUUUUUAUUAAUAAUUUAAUAAUUUUCCUAUAGUUUACAAACCUCUAUAUUUAUCGUAAAAUAGAAUAUUGAAUCUUUUAUUCAAGUUUUGCCAAAAUUAAAAGAAAUCUUAGAAAAUGUCCACAAUACACAAAUACUGACUGUUUUUAAUGAAGAUAUUGAAAGUCUUGGAGAAGGAAAAAUCAAAAUUAUUGAAGUCCUUUAUGCAGCGAUUAAGAUGGAAAUUAAAGAAAUUCAAGCUAAAAUUGAAGAAAUCGAGGUGGUCAGAGUUAUCGUGGGGCUUUUCUUUAAUUAUGAGUGAAAUUCAAUACUGCAUGCGACUUUUGAGCAGUUUGCAAAUGCAGUUUUGGCAUCUUCUUCACAAGCAUUAAAAGAGCAGCUGCUCAAAACGUCAGGAUUUUUAAACAAAAUGAUAGAAAAAGGCUUAAACCCAACAAGGCCAGGUACAAGAAACCCAUCAUUAAGGCCAGGCUACAUGGGCUAUAUAACCAAAAUUUCGAAUUCUCUUAUAAAGCUCUCAGAAACACACUCAGAAAUUGCAGAGAUUUUACUAGCUACUGAAAAAUGGGCAGAAUACAAGUCUUCGUACCUAGAAGACAGAAAUUUCAUAGAAAACCGGCACCUUGGAGGCUACAAACCUUUAUCAUUCGGCGACCAUUUCGCAGACGAAGACUCCAAAGCUGAAGAAAAUUCAAAAAAUCCAUUUUCUUCCUAUACAAAUAACGAAAAUGCCAAUGAAGAUUUAGAAAUUCCUGAAGAAGAAAUAGAAACAACUGAUAAACCAUUGACAAACGAAGACUUAAUGUUCGAUUUAACUGAAAAUGAGGACAAAAAAGGAGAAAAUAAUGAGCCAGAGUCUGAAAGAGAACAAGUAAGGACUGAAACUCAUGAAGAAAACCAAAUGGAGCCUGAUAUUUAUUCAGACGUCAAUUAUUGGGCACCACCAGUGAACGUUGAGGAUUUAGAGGAAUUAUAA